AUGACUCUUUUUGUCUUCCUGAACAUCCUGUGCUUGGGAGUGGCCGCAGCUGCUCUCUCAUCUGAUCACAGUUUGGAUUCUGAAUGGCAGGAGUGGAAGAUAAAAUAUGGAAAAAACUACAGCCUGGAGGAAGAAGGACAGAGGAGAACAGUAUGGGAAGAAAAUAGGCAAAUGGUUCACCAGCACAAUAUGGAAUAUAACCAGGGGAAGAAAGGCUUCACCAUGGAAAUGAAUGCCUUUGGCGACACGACUGGUGAAGAAUUCAGAAAAAUGAUGACUGAUAUUCCAGACCAGACUCUUAGGAAAAAGAGAAGUAUCCAGCAACGUAGGGUCAGUUAUGUCCCUAAAUUUGUGGAUUGGAGAAGGAGAGGCUACGUGACUCCUGUGAAGACACAGGGUAGGUGUAAUUCUUGUUGGGCUUUCUCUGUGGCUGGUGCCAUAGAAGGACAGAUGUUCCGGAAAACAGGCCGACUGGCCUCCUUGAGUCCACAGAACCUGGUGGACUGUUCUAGACCUGAAGGCAAUCUGGGCUGUUUUAAAGGCAACACAUACUAUGCUCUGGAGUACAUUCAGUAUAACGGAGGUCUGGAGGCUGAGGCAACGUAUCCAUACGAGGCAAAAGAAGGACGCUGCAGGUACCGUCCUGAACGUUCUGCUGCAAGAGUUACAGACUUUGUGUUUGUCUCAAAGAAUGAGGAAGCCUUAAUGCAUGCUGUAGCAACUAUUGGGCCCAUCUCUGUUGGAAUUGAUGCUAGACAUGAAUCUUUCAAGUUGUAUAGGGGAGGUAUUUAUUAUGAGCCAAACUGCCGCAGUGAUAUCAUCAACCAUUCUGUCCUGUUAGUCGGCUAUGGCUAUGAAGGAAGAGAAUCAGAUGGCAGGAAAUACUGGUUGAUAAAAAACAGUCAUGGUGAGAAAUGGGGCAUGAAUGGCUACAUGAAGAUUGCCAGAGACAGGAACAACCACUGUGGAAUUGCUACAUAUGCCAUCUACCCCAGAGUGUGA